UGAAUAAAGUUGUCUGUGUACCUCGUCUUACUACAGGGAAGUUAAGUGAAGGACAGGCUGCUAAAAUGACAGGCGGCAUAGGCGACAGUUCAGGCAAGGUCCUGACCCUCGAUGAUCUCAUCGAGGCGAUGGACAAGCGGGAGAGAACGCCGAGGAGUGUCCCCAAAUUCGACACCUUCCACUUCAAUGGGGAACGGGUCUCUGAAUGGCUGGACCUAGUGGAGCAAGCCUUGGUGGGAGUACCAGACGAGACGAAAUUCAAACGCAUCCUGCAGUAUGUGCUCCAUAAGCACCAUCCGGAAGUACAGAAGGUGGUCGACGACGCCAACGGCGACUGGGCUAAAUUUAAGGAAGGAAUGCAGCGAAAGUAUAGGUUGGGGGAUGGCCUACUGACUAUGGCGGACCUAGAGGCAAUGAAUAGGGACGGCUUCACCACCAUUGGGGCAUUCCUGCAAGAAUUCAAAAAGAAGGCGAGAAAGGUAUAUGGGAUAUCAGAGGAGGCGCAUUGCGCCGUCUUCCUGGGACUGCUCACCGCAUCUGAGACAGUUGAGCUAACAAGCCAUGGGGGAGGAAAUGCCAAACUUACCUGGGCCACCAUUGACAGAGGGGUGGAGGUUGGAGGCCUCGACCAGGUCGAGCAGCACCAGGUGAGGCUGCAGAGGCAGAAACGGAAGGACAGGGAUGUGGCUGGGUUGCCAGGAGUAAAGAAGAUCAUAACCGACAUACUAGCAGGGCCAGACCCGGUGAUACAGCGGAAGGUGACGGCGGCGGUCCAGAAAAAAGGCAAGGGGGCCGUGGUAGAGGAGGCUACCCAGGAGGGAUGGGAAGAGGAGGAGCUGGUACCUCCACACCUUACGAAGGCGCAGCGUAACCAGCGCAAUCUAGCACAAGGCGGACAAGGGUCAGGAAAGGGCCAUGCGCCUCAAGUAGUGGUAGCGACAUCUCCGAGCUCGUCCGGGCCGUCAAGUAGUGCGGGCCCGUCGCAAGCACCAGUGCCACCAUUUGGGCACUGGCUGUGGCCCCUAGUUAAUACCUAUGUACCCUGGGGUGGCCCAACGCCGUCUGGACAGGUAAUACCCUAUGUUAGGCCCCAGACAACAUGCGGGAAUUACGAAGUGAUUACCUGCCGGAACACUGGGCCAAGGAGCCUCAGGAACAGGCCCAACCCUGGCUCAUUCACGAUCGAGGAGUCAGAAGACGCGCAUCGGAGGCUUAUGGCAGAGCCCGAGGAGGAAGUAGAAGGUGAAGCCUUCUCGCUCAGCCUGUCGGAUGUGGGAAAGGCCAUGGAUAUAGUGACCACGCACGAGAUGGCCGAUCCGGAUGCCAUUCAGGCGUUGAGGGAGCAGGUUUUGGAGUAUCCCCAUGUGCGGGAUAUGGAGCUGGUCUAUCGGCUUCCUGAGGGGAGAAUGGAUCCGGCACAAUUAAGGAAGCUGGUCCGGCAGGAUCAGGAGUGGACCUGGGGUGAGGAUCAGGAAGAGGCGGUGGCCAACAUGAAGGAGGAGUUUCGGGAAGGAGGGUUGGUAGUGCAAGCGCCUGAUUAUGACACUACGGAGACGAGACCAUUCAUUGUGGAGACCGAUGCAGGACCGACGGCCUUGGGUGGAGUUCUAAUCCAAGUAGACGUCAAGGGGAAGGAGAGGCCGUUGCGCUUUGAGAGUCGCACGCUAUGUACGAGGUUCAUCUUGAGGGUAGACCCAACGGCCCUGGCUUUCUCCCUCAGGAAUUAUGUUUCGUCCGAUCCAACAGUUGCCAGGUGGUUGACAUACAUCUGGAUGUUCAACUUCGUGUUGGAACGGAUCCCAGGGAACAAGAACAGGGCAGAUGGGCUAAGUCGCAUCAACUGGGAUAGGCAGGACGGGGAAGCUGUAGAGGAUACGCUCCCUGUUGAUGGCUUUCUAGACCAGGACGAGGACAUCCGCCGCCACAUCAAUAAGUGGUCCCCACGAGUCCCCAGCUGCGUUGGCCAUCCUAUCUGGCACGCGCCUAAGGGGUAUGAGCGGAAAGCUGAGUUGGUGCUCAAGCCUUUCGAAGAGGAGGAUCCCUGGGGUGGUAAGGACGUCCAAUGGAUGACCAAGUUGGCACUCGCAGGUAGCCCUUGUAUGGUGGAUGAGGUACUGACGAUAGAGGAGGGUCCGGAUAAGGUAAAACAUCACGAGGAAUUAAUGGGAGGGAUGUACCUCCUCGUCAAUGCGCUUCUGCAGGAGUCCCUUGAUCUGGAAAGCUCACUAAAUCCGGCCGAAGGAAGAGAUACUGUGUUGGAGAGCCAGGAUGACGAGUUCGAAGAGGGAGAGAUCAAGGAGGCAUUCCGCGCAGAGGAGUAUGAUGGGAUUUACCUAGAGCUGGGACUUCUCUUAUCCUGCGAGAUGCGUGAUAGAGACGCAAGCCAUAGGGCGCAGAUGAUGAGGGAUCACUACCUAGUAAGGGACGGUCAUCUCUUCGUAAGAAGGGAGGUAGGAAACCCCAGGCGGGUGGUAUGUGGUCGCAACCGUCAGAUUGACGUCAUAGCGGUGCUUCACGAUGGCAUUGCAGGCGGACACCAGGGAAUUACUGCCACGAAGCUAGACAAGAGGUGGUUAGGUCCCUAUCGGAUCGUGCGAUGUAGAGAGUUUGGUGCAUACCAGAUCGAGGAGCUGAAUGGAGCAAAGUGGAAAGACUGGGUGUCAGGGACGAGGUUCAAGAAGUUUGUGGCCAGAGAAGAGAUGGAGGAACUGCGAACGUCGCCUGUGGGGCCUGAUGGCAGACCUAUUCGGCUAGAGAUUGGGAAUGCAGAGGAGUUCAUCCCAGCAUUCGAGCAAUUCAUGCAGAACCAGGGAAUACUGCGAAGCGAGUGGAUGACGACAUUACCCCUGUGGACCCGAAAGGCGGAAAGACAUUUGGCCAAACAGAUCAGGGACAUGACCCGAGAUUGGGAUGGUUGUAGAGCGCACUUGAGGGUGGCAUUCCGGCAGCCAGAACCACCUCAGCCUAGAGUCGAAAGGCGUCUCAGGAGCGGCAGGCAGAGGGAACCUGAGCCUGCUGAGGACCGAACCUCGCGGAGAGGACGGAAGGCGCUUGCUAGGCAAGAAAAGGAGGGCGUGCCUGAGGCAGAACGAAAGGAGGAGCACCCCGAGGGUGGACUGGGGCCAGUAGAGUUUCACCGCUAUAUUGGAGGAGGACUGGGGGAACCGCCUCAGCAUAUACAGGAUGAGAUACCGAUCGUUGAAGGGUCAUUGCAAGAGUUAGAGGCACACCUGGAUGCUGCCCAGUGGAGAGAGCCGCCGAUGAGUGAGGGGCGCAUUGAGGCCAUCACGGAAGUACCACAAGAGAACGUUCCAAACCCUAAACAAGAGGAGGGGCCGAGUGCUACAAAAGACCGGAUUGGGGAUGAGAUCAUAGAAGUUGAGGAAGACACUCCCCCUCAGGGACCAGCCGUGGGGCUGAGGCUCGGUAGUCCACUCGAGAGCCCGCCAGAUACGAGGAAGAAAGUACAAAGGGAGGAAGUCUCGAUCUCGGUGCCGGAGACAGCCCUAUCGCCGACAGGAAUGGAGGCAAGUGAGGCGGAGGGGGCCAGUCUGAGAAGGGAGGCAGACAGUCUGAUUGAUAGCCAUCUGGCCACCCACGCUCUGGAGCAGCCUAGCCUGGAAGAGGUCAUACCUGUGGAGUCACCCUGGGAACCAGGUCAGACCGAGAGAGAGGUGGAAACGGGGGUCCCAGGGGAAGUAGAACAACGCACGGUAGAGGAAGUACCAGCGAAAGAAACGGCUGAGGAGAAGCGGGCUAGAGUGGCAAGGCGCUGGGAGGAAAUCCGGCAGGAGGGGCAAAGAUUGGAAGCAGCAGGGGUACUCCCAAGUCCGCCACCGCCUUGCAAACCGUAUGGGCUCCGGGAGAUGUGGGGAGAGUUUCUUGCCCGCCAUGGCGAAGGGCUGACGGCCCCAGGCAAGGCAGAGGCCGAAACCUCACGGAAAGCUGAUGAGUAUUUGGAUAUGAGGAUUCGAUCCGUAUUCAAGGCCUCCUUCGACAGGCCUGGAGGGCAGAGUCAGCCAAGACAUGGGGUAUCAGAGCAACCAGCUGUGGAUGAGCCUCAGCAAGAGGCACCUAUGGGAAGAGUCAUUUUGGAGCCUGAGGAGGCAGAGGCCAAGAGGAAGGCUGAGAGGGAAGCCUUCGAAUUCAGAGCCCCUACGGAACUUGCGGUGCUACCCACGAUAGCUGCAGACCCUGCCAUGCCACCGUUACUUGAGGAGAGACUGCCCUCGGCCAGUGAUGAGCCUUCCCAAGGCUCGACAGGAGGAUCCUUGGACGUGCUACUGGAAGCAGUCCACUCUAUGCAAGAGGAUGCUGGCUUGUUUUCACCAGAGUCCAAGUUGGAAGAGUCCCUCGAGAGCGAGAUGGGAGGUGCAAUGGAGGGCAUCAUCGCAGGUAGGCCCCAGAGGUUGGAUACUCCUGACUAUGAGCCAGAGGGAGCAAGGGCGCAACCAGGGCCCAGUCCGCGAGAGUCGGAGUCAGGAUCUGAGAAACCCAGAGAUGUGCCUCAGUGCCAUGAGUUGGACGGAGGGGCCAUGGAAACCCCAUCGCCAGCAGGGGCCCAUCGGAAGAAGAAAAAACCUAGGACGUUUUUUGACUCGGCCUGCUUGUAUUGUACGGAGGAAGAGCACAGGGCAUUGCAGUGCCUCAAAUUCCUAAAGGACCAGGCAGACGGGAAGGUCUCGGAGUAUGAUGGGAAAAUGUAUGAUAGGCAGGGUAGGGUGGUGGAACGAGCUGUAGAUGGGGGUAGAGCUCAGUUGUAUAGGCAGAACCAGGAGGAGAUGAGUGAGCAGGGUCUGGUUCACCUGAAUAAAAACAGGGUAUUUCUUUAAUGAUUUUGCUAUUACUUAGGCAGGAUGGACACCUACGACGUUGAGUGUGCAGAUGGGACCUACGACAUGGGAUGUC